UUUGGCCGAGAGCUUGUGUUUCUUUUCUUCCCAAUCCUCAACUGAUACCGAAGAAAACGACGGGAAAAUACUUUUCAACCAUAGUAAAAGCGCAGAGAAGAUACUCCACCCUAUCCAAGCCGGAGCCAGAUAUUCAAGCAGUAACCAUGGCGCCAACAACCCAGAGCCUCAACGCCCAGAACCCCAACUCCAAAAAGGUCCGGGAAGUCCACGAGUUCGACGCAACCCCCUCGACCAAGGGGCAAACCACACCGCGUACCUCUACCUACUCCUCCUGGUGUUACCCUUCCCCAGCCACCACAACCACGACCAUUUCCUUCCCUUCCCCUCCCUCCUCCUCCUCCGCCGCCGCGGCCACCGCCCAAAAGCAGCAGCUUCAGCCCCUAGACGUAACCCCCUCAGUCAUCUCCAACUUCGUCGUCACCGGGACGGACGCAAGUUUCGUGGGAUUCACAACUCCCACUGGAGGCGGCACCGGAGAAGUCAUUCCAGUUUCGUCACCGUCACCGGCACCUGAGUCUGAGUCCAAGCCUGAGCUUGACUCCGAGCCUGGAGCGGAGCUUGAGUUUGACUCCGAGCCUGAAGCAGGGUCAGGGGAAGCAGCAACAACGGCGCAGGAGGGUACACCGCAGGGUACUACAAGCCAAACCACAGUCACCCCUAUCACCACGCCACAAGCCGGUGAUGACUUGACCUUGACACGAAGUGAGGAAGAGGAAGAGGAGGAUGCAGAGGCUGCAAGUAGGAGUAGGAUCAAGAGGCAGACUGAGGCUGCUCGUUCUGUUUGUGAAAGGUGGUUGGGGGUAGAUGGAAGCAGUACUUAGGGCGAGCGAAUACAAGAAGGAGGAAAAGAGGAUAGGGAAUAAGGUGGUACAGAUAAGAAGGAGACAGUGAUCGAGGUUGGGUUGGGAACUGAACCCAGGUGGGACAGCUGCCCUGCCUGGGGAAAGGAUACAUGUAAUCAAGAGCCGUAAAAGUGGAAGGGACAAUUGGAUUGCUGGAGAGUCAUGGAAUAGGAAGAAGGUGAAGAAGGAUCAGCUGGGAGAGAGU